CGGAACUUCCGUGAAGACAGGCCAGCUUCCGGCCGUGGAGGGAAAUGGAGGAAGAAGGAGCGGCGGCCGAUGUGGACUCUCUGCCCCGCGGGGCUUUUCGGUGCCGUCUGUGUCACGUGACGGUGGCCAACCAGCCCAGCUUGGAUGAUCAUCUGCGUGGGAAAAAACACCAGCGCCUGGAAAACCUUCGUAGCGUCCGUCAAUCUCAGGAACUCCGCAGUAUUUUUGUCAGCGGGUUCCAGAAAGGGACAACAGCCUUGGAGCUGAGCAGCUAUUUCGAAACCUACGGGAAUGUAAUCAAUGUGGUGAUGGACAAAGAUAAGGGGGUCUAUGCAAUUGUGGAACUGCAGGACGAGGAGAUACUCCAGAAAGUAUUAGCAGAGCCACAACAUAGUCUAGGGGGCCAGAAAUUACGUGUCAAGCCGCGUGAGAAGAAGGAUUUCAGAUACACCCCGCCAAAAAAACAGGGGUCAGCCAGGCGGGAGCAGCUGAGCCCGGAGAAAUUGGCACAAAACAUCUGCCAAGUGGAUGAUGUCGAUGCCCAGAUGUCUUUAAUGGUGCAACUGUUUGAAUUUUCCGAGAGCGAGCAGCGACUACGAGACUUGCUCGUCAAGCUGUUCCAGGAGGUGUUUUCUGAAUUCUUCCCAGAAUCGGUCAUCCUUCCCUUUGGGUCUUCCGUGAACGGCUUCAGCGUCUCUGGAUGUGACUUGGAUUUAUUCCUGGAUCUGGAGAAGACGAAAAACUUCCAGGCGUCUGCCAAGACAACUGAUAAGCCACUGGCAGAGGAAGAAGCCACUGAAAUGGAAUCUCGCUCCGAAGAUUCGAUCUUGUCUGACAUUGACCUGGUCACAGCCACCGUGCCUGAAAUCCUCGAUCUGGUGGCCACCGUGCUGCAGAAAUGCGUGCCAGGAGUUCACCACGUCCAGGUGGUCUCCACCGCCCGCCGUCCCGUUGUCAAAUUUUGCCACAAGGAGUCCGGCUUGAGGGGCGACAUCUCCAUAAACAACAAGCUGGCUCUGUGUAACACCCGCUUCCUGCAGUUUUGCACAGAAGCGGAUGAGCGUGUGAGGCCUCUGGUUUACGCAGUGCGCUACUGGGCGAAGCAGCAAGGAUUGGCAGGAAAUCUUUUUGGUGGAGGCCCCCUCCUCAAUAACUACGCACUGACAUUGCUGGUAUUCUUCUUCCUACAGACACGCAGCCCUCCCGUCUUACCGACGGUAGCCCAAUUGAAGGAUCUUUCAGAUGAUGGAGAACUGACGGUGGUGGACGGCUGGGACUGCACUUUCCCUAAAGAUCCGGCUUCGUUGCAACCCAGCGGGAACACAGAGAGCUGUUGCUCCCUUCUGGCUGAGUUUUUUCGCGUCUUCGAAAGCUACAAUUUCGCCAGUGGGGUGAUCUCCCUGCGCGAGAGCCGGUCACUCCCUCUCUCCGAUUUCCUGUUAUCCGACGCUGGUCAGAAAUUCAAGAUGGGCCCCGUCAACCUCCAGGAUCCUUUUGAGCUGAGCCACAAUGUAGCGGCCAACGUCAACGAAAAGACGGCGCUGCGUCUACAGCGGAGUUGCCAGGACGCUGCCAAAUACUGCCGGAGUUUGCAAUACCAACGUAAAUCCAGCAAGGGGAAGAACUGGGGGCUGGUUCGUCUCUUUCAGCCCGGCAGCCCUCAAGCUGCGGAACGGCAGGUUAUCCUCCUCCCCUUAAUGCCGGCGACACAAUCUCUGGGGUCCCACUCGGAGCUGCACCCGAGCAGGGAUUUUCCCCAGCUCUGGUUUCGAAGAGUGUGCGCAGGCGUCUCAUUUAUCCUGCAGCACGUGUUGAAAUGCAGCUGCUCGGAGAAUUCACAGGGACUCGGAGACGAUCGGGAAUCCCUCAGCAGCGAUCCGGAGGAGGAGGAGCAGCUGAACACCAGAACCGAACAAUUGUCGGUGGGUUCCAAGCGACCUCCAGACGUAGAAGAUGCAGAGUUGGGUUCUCCUCCUGCGAAGAAACCGCGGACGGAGUGUUCCCUUCCCGAGGCAGAAAGUGUGACAUGGGACUGCACCGCCUGGCACCGUGUCUGGUUAGGAAGACGCCGCGUCCGGCGACAAAUCAGCAGCCCGGAAACGGAUCCUAAAAGAACCGCUGAUCCCUUAGAGCUGGAAGGCAAAGUAUCAGAGGCGAUUUCCCAACAGGAGCGGCAAACCAGGCCCGUAGAUCCGCUAUUUGGAUUCACCGUUUGCGCCAUGAUCAGGGACGGUGGUUCUGGGGAACACGACCCACAGGUCAGCCUAAAUUUCACCCCACACCCUGAACAGGGAGCGGUUUUUCAAGAUUUUUUUCAUUUCCUACAAGGUUUUCUACCCCGAAUGGUCGAGCAGUACCUGACCACCAAGCCUUCAGACCGACAUAUCCCAGAAGACAAAUCUUCUAUCGGGGAUGAUAUUUGAAAUUUCUUAAGACCAUGGCAGAAUUCUGUAUUUAGAUAAUGUUUUCCAUUCUGGCUGUCGGUGAAAAUAAAAAGAAACGGAGAGAAAAAAAAAAUUGAAA